AUGACUUUUGAUAAUAAUGAAGAAUAUGAGGAGGAGGAAUUAAUAGCCCAACGACAUUAUGUAGUAUUUGGAGACCAAGAUGAUUUAACCCUUUUGGCCAAAAGUAAUCCCAAACAAAUUUCUUUGGAACACACCACAAUAGAAAAUCAUCACAUCCCAGUAGAAAAUCCAAUGCCAAUACGACAGCGUACAUAUCGAGUAGCUCCCUUAGAACAAGAAUUCAUUAAAGAAGAA